CGCCGGCUGAGCUGGGUCUCGCUGUGCUGGGUGCUCGGCGGUGUCGGUGAACGAGGCCUGGUGAACGCCGCCGAGGCGGGAGCUGGGUCUUCGAGGUUGUGUGCGGGAGAGGCACGGCAGGCGAGCGAGCGAGCCAGAGGCUCACCCCAGCAGUGGCACCGGGAUCGGCUGCCUUGAGCUUGAAGUCAUGACUACCCCAGGAAAAGAGAACUUCCGCCUGAAAAGUUACAAAAAUAAGUCCCUGAAUCCUGAUGAGAUGCGCAGAAGGAGGGAGGAAGAAGGACUGCAGUUACGUAAGCAGAAAAGAGAAGAGCAGUUAUUCAAGCGAAGAAAUGUUGCUACAGCAGAAGAAGAAACAGAAGAAGAAGUUAUGUCAGAUGGAGGCUUCCAUGAGGCUCAGAUUAAUAACAUGGAGAUGGCACCAGGUGGUGUUAUUACUUCUGACAUGAUUGAAAUGAUAUUUUCCAAUAGCCCAGAGCAACAGCUUUCAGCAACGCAGAAAUUCAGAAAACUGCUUUCAAAAGAACCUAAUCCUCCUAUUGAUGAAGUCAUCAGCACACCAGGAGUAGUGGCCAGGUUUGUGGAGUUCCUCAAACGAAAAGAGAAUUGUACAUUGCAGUUUGAGUCAGCUUGGGUACUGACAAAUAUUGCUUCAGGAAAUUCUCUUCAGACCCGGAUUGUGAUUCAGGCAGGAGCUGUGCCUAUCUUCAUAGAGUUGCUCAGCUCAGAGUUUGAAGAUGUCCAGGAGCAGGCAGUCUGGGCUCUUGGCAACAUUGCUGGAGAUAGUACCAUGUGCAGGGACUAUGUUUUAGACUGCAAUAUUCUUCCCCCUCUGCUGCAGUUAUUUUCAAAGCAAAACCGCCUGACCAUGACCCGGAAUGCAGUAUGGGCUUUGUCUAAUCUCUGUAGAGGGAAAAGUCCCCCUCCAGAAUUUGCAAAGGUUUCCCCCUGUCUGAAUGUGCUUUCCUGGUUGCUGUUUGUCAGUGACACUGAUGUACUGGCUGAUGCCUGCUGGGCCCUCUCAUAUCUAUCAGAUGGACCCAAUGAUAAAAUUCAAGCAGUCAUAGAUGCAGGAGUAUGUAGGAGACUUGUGGAGCUGCUGAUGCAUAAUGAUUAUAAAGUGGUUUCUCCUGCUUUGCGAGCUGUGGGAAACAUUGUCACAGGUGAUGAUAUUCAGACACAGGUAAUUUUGAAUUGCUCAGCUCUGCAGAGUUUAUUGCAUUUGCUGAGUAGCCCAAAGGAGUCUAUCAAAAAGGAAGCAUGUUGGACAAUAUCUAACAUCACAGCUGGAAAUAGGGCACAGAUCCAGACUGUGAUAGAUGCCAACAUUUUCCCAGCCCUCAUUAGUAUAUUACAAACUGCUGAGUUUCGGACAAGGAAAGAAGCAGCUUGGGCCAUCACAAAUGCAACUUCUGGAGGAUCAGCUGAACAGAUCAAGUACCUCGUAGAACUGGGCUGUAUCAAGCCACUCUGUGAUCUCCUCACAGUCAUGGACUCUAAGAUUGUACAGGUUGCCCUAAAUGGCUUGGAAAAUAUCCUGAGGCUUGGAGAACAAGAAGCCAAAAGGAAUGGCACUGGCAUUAAUCCUUAUUGUGCUUUGAUUGAAGAAGCUUAUGGUCUGGAUAAAAUUGAAUUCUUACAGAGUCAUGAAAACCAAGAGAUCUACCAGAAGGCCUUUGAUCUUAUUGAGCAUUACUUUGGGACCGAGGAUGAAGACAGCAGCAUUGCACCCCAGGUUGACCUUAGCCAGCAGCAGUACAUCUUCCAGCAGUGUGAGGCGCCUAUGGAAGGUUUCCAGCUUUGAAGCAAUACUCUGCUUUCAUGUCCCCGUGUCAGACCAGGCUACCCAGUCAAGUCCUCUUGUGGAGCCCACAGUCCUCAUGGAGCUAACUUCUCAAAUGUUUUCCAUAAUACUGUUUGCGCUCAUUUGCUUGCCUUGCGCACCUGCUCUCACACACAUCUGGAAAACCUCUGGCUCUCUGUGGUGGGAUACCCUUCUAAUAAAAGGGUAACCAGAACGGCCCGCUCUCUUAUGGAAAACCCUAGGCUUUGGAGAUCCGCACUUAUAUAUUAUAGAGUCAUGGGAAUAUACACAUAAUAAUGUGGCUCCCUUUUUUUGGGGGGGGGGGAA